AUGUUGCGGGUUUUCGUCCUCCAUGCGCAGAACGUCCAGACUCCAGACACGGACAUUAGCGAUGCUUAUUGCUCCGUGGUAUUUGAAGGGGUGAAGAAGAAAACCAAAGUGAUUAAGAACAACGUCAACCCCGUGUGGAACGAGGGCUUUGAAUGGGAUCUGAAAGGCACCCCCUUGGACCAGACUGCUGAGCUGCAUGUGGUGGUCAAAGACCAUGAGACCAUGGGAAGAAACAGGUUUUUGGGCGAAGCCCACGUGCCCCUUCGAGACGUCUUUGUCUCUCCACACCUCGCCUCCAGCUUCAAUGCACCUCUGCUGGAUGCCAAGAGGCAGAGCACGGGGGCCUCUCUUAUCCUCCAAGUCUCCUACUUGCCUCCUCCAGGGGCAGCUCCUUUCUUCCCACCUGCCGCCCCCUUUGAGCCAAACCCAACUCCUGUGGAGCUGGAGACUGUCACAGACACAGCCGGGGAGGAAGAGGGGGACGAUCACCUGGGGACAGGAGAUGAAGCGGAGCCUCCUACGGGGCCUGUAGCACCAGAUCAGCCCUCCUUCCCCAAGAAACCUCCUUUGCACCUGGUUCAUGGGACCAAGAGGAGAAGAAGCGCUUCCAAAAAGUUGCUGUCCAACAAACCUCAGGACUUCCAGAUCAGGGUGCGAAUCAUUGAAGGGCGGCAGCUUCCUGGAGUCAACAUCAAGCCCGUAGUGAAGGUCACGGCUGCGGGACAAACCAAGAGAACCAGGAUCCAGAAAGGGAGCGGCCCGCUUUUUGAUGAGACCUUUUUCUUCAACGUGUUUGAGUCUCCCAUGGAGCUGUUCGAUGAACCCAUUUUCAUCACGGUUGUUGAUUCCUGUUCUCUUCGGACCGACUCUGUUAUUGGAGAAUUCCGGAUGGAUGUUGGGACAAUUUACGCUGAACCCAAGCAUUCCUUCCUCCGCAAGUGGCUGCUGCUUUCAGACCCGGAAGAUUUUUCGGCUGGAGCUAAAGGCUACUUGAAGGUCAGCCUGUCCGUCCUGGGUCCUGGCGAUGAAGCGCCUAUGGAGAAAAAGGAAGGUGCCGAAGAUAAAGAAGACAUUGAGGGCAACGUUCUCCGGCCGACAGGGGUGUGCCUCAGGGGGGCUCACUUCUCCCUCAAAAUCUACAGAGCCGAAGACCUGCCCCAGAUGGAUGAUGCCAUCCUAGACGGUGUCAAGCAGAUCUUUGGGUUUGAGAGCAGCAAGAAGAAUCUGGUGGAUCCUUUUGUGGAAGUGACCUUUGCUGGCAAAACGCUCUGCAGCAAGAUCCUGGAGAAGACUGCCAACCCUCAGUGGAAUCAAAGCAUCACUGUACCAGCUAUGUUUCCUUCCAUGUGUGAGAAGAUGAGGAUCCGGGUCAUUGACUGGGACCGCGUCACUCACAAUGACGUUGUGGGCAGCAGCUACCUGUGCAUGUCUCGGAUCUCAGCCCCUGGAGGGGAGCUGGAAGUUGACGACGGGUUGGGUUUCUUGCCAACCUUUGGGCCGUGUUACAUCAACCUCUACGGCAGCCCAAGAGAGUUCACUGGAUUCCCUGACCCCUAUGAGGAGCUCAACAUGGGCAAGGGAGAGGGGGUUGCCUAUCGGGGGAGGCUGCUGGUAGAACUGGAGACCAAGUUGGUGGAUCAUGUUGAACAGAAGGUGGAGGACAUCCCUGCUGAUGACAUUCUACGGGUGGAGAAGUACCUGCGAAGGAGGAAGUUCUGCCUCUUUGCUGCCUUCUAUUCGGCCACCAUGUUGCAGGACGUGGACGAUGCCAUCCAGUUUGAGGUCAGCAUCGGCAACUACGGGAACAAGUUUGACGGCACCUGCCUGCCAUUGGCCUCCACCACGCAGUUCAGCAGGGCUGUGUUUGACGGCUGCCAGUAUUACUACCUGCCGUGGGGCAACGUGAAGCCCGUGGUUGUGCUGUCCUCCUAUUGGGAAGACAUCAGCCAUAGGACCGACGUCCAGAACCUUCUCUUCGGGGCUGCAGAUCGGCUGGAAGCGAAUUUGGAGCUGGUCCACCAUGCCCUGAAAACCAAGUGCUCGGCCAUUGACCUGGACACCCUGGUUGCCCGCUUGAUUGAUGAGGUCAUCGUGGACUGCAGCCAGCCACUGGCAGACGUCACCCAGAAGCCGGCCAGCACACACUUGGACAAGUACCUCUACCGCUUCCGCACCACCAGCCUGAAGCAGAUUUCCCAGGCGGCCUCGAGGUUAAAGCAUGAAGACUCUGACUUGCAGAUAGUCCUGGAUCAGGCCGAAGAUUGGCUCUCCAGGCUGAAAUCCAUGGCAGAGGAGCCUCAGAACAGCCUGCCGGACAUUGUCAUCUGGAUGCUGCAGGGCGACCGGCGGAUAGCUUACAGCCGGCUGCCUGCUCGUGAGGUGCUCUUCUCUCGGAAUGGGCCCAAUUGCUGUGGGAAGAACUGUGGGAAGCUCCAGACCAUAUUCUUGAAAAAUCCUCUGGAAGAACUGAUGGGGCCCAAGAUCCCGGCCCAGAUCCGUGUCCGGCUGUGGCUUGGGCUAGGUGUGGACGAGAAAGAAUUCAACAAGUCAGCAGAGGGGAGACUGUCCGUGUUUGCGGAAACGUAUGAAAAUCAAACCAAGCUGGCGUUGGUUGGAAACUGGGGCACCACUGGCCUGACCUACCCCAAGUAUUCUGACGUCACAGGCAGGAUCAAGUUGCCAAAGGAGAGUUUCAGGCCUUGCGCUGGCUGGGCUUGGGCCGGGGAGUGGUUUGUCAGCCCCGAAAAGACGCUGCUGUACGACACAGACGCUGGGCACACAAGCUUUGUGGAGGAAGUGUUUGAGAAUCAAGUGCGCCUUCCAGGGGGUCAGUGGAUCCACAUGGCUGAGGCCUAUAUGGACGUGAAUGGGGAGAAGGUGCUGCCCAAAGAUGAAACUGAAUGUCCACCGGGGUGGAAAUGGGAAGAUCUGGAAUGGGACACCGACCUCAACAGAGCAGUCGAUGAGAGAGGCUGGGAGUACGGCAUCACCAUCCCUCCAGACCGUAAGCCGAAGGCCUGGGUGCCGGCUGAGAAGAUGUACCACACGAACCGACGCAGGCGGUGGGUUAGGCUACGCAGGAGAGACCUCACACAGAUGGAGGCUUUGAAAAAGCACCGACAGGAGGAGCUGGAAGGGGGCGGCUGGGAGUACGCCUCCCUCUUUGGCUGGAAGUUCCACCUGAAAUGCCGCAAAACCGACUCUUUCCGCCGCUGCCGUUGGAGGCGUCGGAUGGAGCCCCUGGAGCAGACAGGAGCAGCUGCUGUCUUCGCGUUGGAGGGCGCCCUGGGUGGAGUGACGGAUGACAAGAAUGAUGAUGGCAAAUCAGUAUCCACGCUCAACUUUGGUGUGAAUCGUCCGACCAUUUCCUGCAUAUUUGACUACGGGAGCCGGUACCAUCUGCGCUGCUACAUCUAUCAAGCAAGGGAGCUGAUGGCCAUGGACAAAGACAGCUUUUCAGAUCCCUACGCCAUCGUCUCCUUCCUUCACCAAAGCCAAAAGACGGUGGUGGAAAAGAAUACGCUGAACCCCACCUGGGACCAGACACUCAUCUUCUAUGAGAUCGAGAUCUUCGGGGAUCCCCAGAGUGUUGCCAGCUCCCCUCCUUGUGUUGUGGUUGAGAUCUAUGACCAGGACACCUACGGUGCUGAUGAAUUCAUGGGCCGCUGCAUCUGCAAGCCGAGCCUGGACUGCACGCCAAGGUUGUCCUGGUAUCCCAUCCUCAGGGGCAACCAGAACACAGGGGAGCUGCUGGCAGCAUUUGAGCUCAUUCAGAGGGAGAAGCCGGCCAUCCACCACAUCCCUGGCUUUGAGACUGAGAUGCCGACUGUUUUGGAUGAGUCUGCAGAUUUGGAUCUGCCGUACCCACCGCCACAGAGAGAACCCAACAUCUAUAUGGUCCCUCAAGGAAUCAAACCUGUUCUUCAACGUACAGCCAUUGAGAUCUUGGCCUGGGGGCUCCGGAACGUGAAGAGCUACCAGCUCUCCAGCGUCACUUCCCCCAGUCUCCUGGUGGAGUGUGGUGGGCAGAUGGUCCAGUCCUGCGUCAUCAGGAACCUGAAGAAAAACCCCAACUUUGACGUAUCCGUUCUCUUCAUGGAAGUGCGCUUGCCCAGGGAAGACCUGUACUGCCCUCCCAUUGUCAUCAAGGUAAUUGACAACAGGCCCUUUGGCCGCAAGCCCGUGGUGGGCCAGUGUACCAUCCGUUCUCUGGAGGAGUUCUGCUGCGAUCCCUAUGCAGAGGACGCGGAAAUUGCUGCAACACAGCUAGAUGACGUGAGCCUCACCCCUAGAGAUGAUGUCCUCAUUGAGAUCGACGACAAAGAGCCUCUCAUUCCCGUCCAUGAAGAAGAACUCAUUGACUGGUGGAGCAAGUUCUACGCUUCCACAGGCGAGAGGGAGAAAUGUGGCUCCUACCUGGAGAAGGGCUUUGACACUCUGAAGGUCUUUGAAACGGAGUUGGAGAAUGUUGAAGACUAUGGGGGUCUCUCUGAUUUCUGCCACACCUUUAAGCUGUACCGUGGCAAGACACAGGAUGCCAAUGAAGAUCCCACAGUGGUUGGAGAAUUCAAGGGCUCCUUCAAGAUCUACCCUCUGCCCGAUGAUCCCACGGUGCCUCUCCCCCCUCGCCAGUUCCAUCAGCUUCCAGCCAGAGGCCCUCAGGAAUGCCUCGUCAGGGUUUAUAUCAUUCGGGCCUUUGACCUCCAACCGAAAGACUCGAAUGGAAAGUGUGACCCUUAUGUGAAGAUUUCCGUGGGGAAGAAAUCUAUCAGUGACCAGGAUCAUUAUAUCCCAUGCACUCUGGAGCCUGUCUUUGGGAAGAUGUUUGAGCUGACUUGCACUUUGCCCCUGGAGAAGGAUCUGAAGAUUUCUCUCUAUGACUACGACCUCUUGUCCAAGGAUGAGAAGAUUGGUCAGACCACCAUUGAUCUAGAGAAUCGGUUCCUUUCCAGAUUUGGGGCCCGCUGUGGUCUGCCCCAGACUUACUGCAUCUCCGGUCCCAACCAGUGGAGGGAUCAACUGCGACCCACCCAGCUGCUCCACCUCUUCGCCUUGCAUCGCGACUGCAAAACACCCAUCUAUAAGCCGGACCGGAUCAUCUUCAGGGAUCAAGCCUACAGCCUCUCCGACCUGGAGGAUGGCCAAUUGCCGAAUCCGCACCUGGGGCCCGUGGAGGAGAGGCUGGCUUUGUAUGCCCUGCAGAAGCAAGGCCUGGUGCCUGAGCACAUCGAGACUAGGCGGCUGUACAGCCCACUGCAGCCAGACAUUGAGCAGGGAAAGCUUCAGCUGUGGGUGGACCUUUUCCCCAAAUGUCUUGGUGCACCUGGCCCACCAUUCAACGUGACCCCGCGGAGAGCAAAGAGGUUCUACCUGCGCUGCAUCAUCUGGAAUGCCAAAGACGUCCUCCUUGAUGACCUCAGCAUCACGGGCGAAAAGAUGAGUGACAUCUACGUGAAAGGGUGGCUGGUUGGCUACGAGGAGAACAAGCAGAAGACAGAUGUCCAUUACAGGUCAAUGGGGGGCGAAGGGAACUUCAACUGGCGAUUCGUGUUCCCCUUUGACUACCUCCCGACCGAGCAGGUCUGCUGCGUGGCUAAGAAGGAGCAUUUCUGGAGUUUGGACAAGACGGAGAACAAAGUGGCCCCCCAGCUGGUCCUCCAGGUGUGGGACAACGACAAGUUUUCUUUUGAUGACUACCUGGGCUCAAUCCAGCUGGAUCUCAACAGCAUGCUGAAGCCUGCCAAGACAGCUGAGAAAUGCUCCUUGGACAUGCUGGAUGACCCAGCGAGACUCGUCUCUCUCUUUGAGCAGAAGACUGUGAAGGGCUGGUGGCCGUGCGUGGCAGAAGAGGGCAAGAAAAAGAUAAUUGCGGGGAAGCUGGAAAUGACCCUGGAGAUUGUCAAUGAGCAGGAAUGGGAUGAGAGGCCGGCUGGGCUGGGUCGGGACGAACCGAACAUGAACCCCAAGCUGGAAGACCCCAAGCGCCCGGAGACCUCUUUCUUGUGGUUUACCUCUCCGUACAAGACUCUGAAGUACAUCCUGUGGAGGAGAUUCAAGUGGGUCUUCCUCAUUGUCCUCCUCCUCUUCAUUCUUCUGCUGUUCCUGGGGAUCUUCAUCUACGCCUUCCCGAACUACGCAGCUAUGAAACUCGUGAAGCCCUUCAGCUGAGCCAGCACCCACCCGAGCCAUAAGUGGCACCAGAAGAGCCAGGCCCGCCUGUCGUGCCCGCUG